UCGUAACUCCUACAGAGCCCCGCCCAUUCACACGUCACAUACAGUAUUGGUACCGUACAUCUCGAUUUGCGAGGUCGCGGAGGCUAAGCUAGCAGAGUACCGCCGCAUUGAUCGUUAAACGUGGCAAGAUGGCGAAGUUUCUGGGGAAAGUUUCCCGUGGAUUUACCACGUGCAUUUUGGUCAGCGUUCUGAUCCUUGCAACUGACGCAGCGAAGAAGAAUGUUAACCGUAAACUUGUAGCCGACAUCACAGAUUUGAAGGAAUUCAAGAAGGAGUUGAGAACGCAUAACAAUGUCAUGGUCUUGUUUUCCAAAGAUGCCAAAUCUGGGGAGAGCAUGAUGAACUUAUACAGUGAUGUGGCUGGAGAGAUGAAAGGUUUAGCCACCUUGGUCUUUGUUGAUUGCAGCGAGGCCAAGAAGCUAUGUAAAAAAUACAAGGUUUCGCCCUCACCAACAGUUUUGAAACAUUAUAAAAAUGGUGAUUAUCAUAAAGAUUAUGACAGGCAAAUGAGGAAAAAGUCUUUAAUAAAUUUCCUUAGAGAUCCAGAGGGAGAUAUACCAUGGGAAGAAGAGCCAGAUUCUGAAGAUGUUGUUCAUAUUGAGAGUACAAAGGAAUUUGAAAAGUUGUUAAGCAAGGAGAAAAGACCAUUGUUGACAAUGUUUUAUGCACCAUGGUGUGGUCAUUGCAAACGAAUGAAGCCUGAAUUUGCAGGAGCAGCCACUGAGCUAAAAGGAGAAGCAGUGUUAGCUGGCAUGGAUGUGGACAGACCAGAAAACAUGGCUACUAGACAGGCUUAUAACAUUACAGGAUUCCCAACAAUAUUAUAUUUUGAAAAAGGAAAAAAGAAGUUUGAUUAUGGUGGUGAGAGAACAAGACAAGGAAUUAUUGAUUGGAUGGAGGACCCUCAGCCACCCAAAGAGCCAGAGAAGGAAGCAGAAUGGAGUGAUGAAGAAAAUGAUGUUGUUCAUUUAGAAGACAAUACUUUUGAUGAGUACAUUUCCAGCCAUGACUCGGUUAUGGUCAUGUUUUAUGCGCCAUGGUGUGGUCACUGCAAGAAGAUGAAGCCUGAAUAUGUAGAUGCAGCUGCAGAACUCAAAGAGGAUGGGUUUGAGGGAGUGCUUGCUGCUGUUGAUGCAACAAAAGCUAGAACUUUGGCAGAAAGAUUUGAAGUCAAAGGAUUCCCAACGCUUAAAUAUUUCCAGAAUGGAGAACAUGCAUGGGACUUUAAUGAAAGGACAGCAGACAAAUUUGUUGAACAUUUAAAAAAUCCUAAGGAGCCUCCUCCACCUCCACCCCCUGAACCUUCUUGGAGUGACAUGGAAUCAGAAGUGGACCAUCUUACUGAUGAUAACUUCAAAACUUUCACCAAGAAAAAGAAGCAUACCUUAGUAAUGUUUUAUGCACCAUGGUGUGGCCAUUGUAAGAGAGCAAAACCAGAAUUUAUGGCAGCAGCUGAAAAUUUUAAGGAAGAAAACAAAGUUUCCUUUGCUGCAAUAGACUGCACUGAGCACAAAGAUUCAUGUACAGCAUAUGAUGUAUCAGGAUACCCUACAAUCAAAUAUUUCAGCUAUGGAAAGUUAAUACAAGAAUAUUCAAGUGGAAGGGAGGAAGCAGACUUCAUCCGCUUCAUGGAGAAUCAGCUGAGCCCUGGUGCUGCCCCUUCCCAGCCUCCACCCCCUCCACCAGAAGACUUCUGGGCAGAGCUUGAUGGAGGAGAGAAUGUCUUCCAGCUUGAUGAUGUCUCUUUUAUGAGCUUCAUUGCUUCAAACCCCUCAGUUUUGGUCAUGUUCUUUGCCCCAUGGUGUGGACAUUGUAAAAGGAUGAAACCAGCAUUUGCAGAGGCAGCAACAUUAGCUCGAGAGCAAAAAAUAUCAGGCAAAUUUGCAGCUGUUGAUGCAACUGUUGCUGUAAUGACAUCAUCAAAAUUUGAAAUUAAAGGAUUCCCAACAUUGAAAUACUUCAAAAAUGGAAAAGAAGACAUUGCCUAUUCUGGAGCCAGAACAGCAGAAGCACUUCUUGAAUUUAUCAAAGACCCAGCCAGUGUGCCACCUCCUCCACCCCCUGAGCCAGCUUGGAGUGACAUCCCCAGUGCGGUCAAUCAUCUGACCAGUCAGACCUUUGGUCCUUUCAUUCAGGAGAACACCCAUGUAUUGACAAUGUUUUAUGCACCAUGGUGUGGUCAUUGUAAAAAGGCCAAGCCUAGCUUCCAACAGGCUGCAGAGAUCUUCAAAGAUGUACCAGGCAGGAAGCUAGCUGCUGUUGAUUGUACUGUUGAAAAAGGUCUCUGUGAAGAAUACGAGGUCAGGGGAUUCCCCACCUUCAAUCUCUACAGCAAUGGUGAGUUUGUAGAAAAGUACACAGGCGGUAGAAUGACAGAGGACUUUGAAGCGUACAUGCAAUUAACUCAACAAGAAGACGCAACGGAAGAAACAUUAAAACAGGAUACUGCAUCGGAUAGUGAAAAUUUAAAAGAGAAGAUUGAACUAUGAUAGAGUCAGAGUAAGUUUAUGAUAUCCAGUAGACCAGGGACCUGAUAAAGCUUAGUAAUUGAUUAUGUAGCUGAAUUUAAAGAUUGAUCAUACACAUAAGUCAAUGCAAUCAAUCAAAUCAGCCCUAUGAUCAGUUGCUGAGCUUUAUGUCACAGCACAGUUGACAAAUGUAUUCUUUCAUAAAGCCAUGUAAAGUUAUGAAAUAAUUCAUAAAGAACUGGAAUAUGGUAAGCCAAUUGGGAUUCUCUAUCACCAGUUACACCAAUUCAUAUUCUUGUCAUUCUGACAAUCAUUCAUAACUUGACAUUCUGCUCUAUACACACCAGUUGAUUUUUUGCUUUCAUCAAAGUAUUGCAUCCCACUGUCAUGAGUUGGUAUUAUUCAGACUCUGAAUAUGGGAUUCAUAUGUUUGAUGCUUCUCAGAUGAGUUGGGUACUUUACAAAAGUUCAACAAUCAGCUUUCCCACCUACCUUUAAGACAUGCCCAAUCACCACCGGUAUGUCUAAUAUGCUAUUGAAUCCUGAUGAUGGUGAAAAGAUGCUAAGGCCCAAGCUAUGGUACCUCACUCUUGGUGGUAGGGAUUGGCCCUUUUGUGGAUGUCAGUAUAAAAUCGAAUACAUUUGUCUACUUGUCUACUGUUUAUCAAACAUGAAAGGUAUGUGUUUUAUAAAAAAAAAUAAAAAAAGGUGUAGAGGGAUAGUAUUUUAUAAUCCACUACAAUAUCUGGACCACAACAACUGUUUGUAGUAUACUUUGAAGUGCCUUUGCCCCAUCUUCAUCAUUCUCACACAUGCAUCAUUCACAUGAUGAAUACCAGAGUAUUGAAUAGUAGAUUCUUGUUGAUCAAGUGAACACACAUUACUCAAUACAUUCAUUUUGAUACACAUUUUGUAGAGUCAGGUAAACAUUGAGUUUAUUUUAUUAAAACCAGUGAACUAGUAAUAAUUUGCAAUGAUACAAAUCUGGCCAGUAACUGUUCUUGGGGUGAUACAUCAGACAGACAUGAGGCCAUCAGCCUAUUGAGUUGUAUCAAGUGUAAGAAAAAUUUGACUUGUUAAUUAAUCAGAGGGAUUAAUUACUAGGUCCUAUUAUUGGGAAAGUUCAUUACCACAAUUGAUAGCCAAUAAAACUGCCAAUCCUUAAUUCUUGAAAAAUUCUUUAUUCAGUCAAUUCUUGCAUCAGACCACAUCUCUGCUUACUUGAUUUUGUUAAAAGAAUCAACAAAGAUUUUUUUUGUCAUGAAAUAACAGGGAAUUAAAUUAUUUUAUUCAUGUAUGUUGUCAUGUGGAUGAGGAAACAAGGGUAUUAUAGAAGCAAUAAAUCCUCAAAUUUGAAUGUAGACAAAACUACAUAAAAGGUUUACUAUGACAGGCUACCAACAACCAGUUAGUGUUUUAUAUUUGUUUUUUAGUGUAUAUCUUCAUAUUUUUCUGAUAGAAUCUAUUUCCUUAUAGACCUUCAAGUCUUUAUUUUGAAUUAAUAUGACUUUUUUUUCUUGAAGUUCAUUACAUAUUGACCUGUAAUCUCCUAUUUCAUUUGUCAUUCUUGUUUUCACUAUUGGUCACAAGUUAGGUAAAAUGGGAAAAUGGUUUUGGCUAAUGAAGUUUGAUAGGUUUAUUUGGAAUCAUAUAGGUUUAGUCUAGCAUUUGUAGUAAAACAAAAUCAUUGUUCUUAUCUCUCUUCUGGACUGUUGUUUUUUGUUUAUGAAUAUAUUUACUGUGCAGAAGUGUGCUCCAACAGGUUGUAGUCUGCAUUUUCAAUAUUUUUGUCAUUAUCUUUUUGCGAGGAGCAUUAUCCAUUCAAUAGAGAACUACGCACACAAAGAACAGUUUACAGAAAGUAACUCUGUUGCAUAAAUAUCACAUGUGGAACCAAAUGCAUACCCGUAAGUUGUGUCUGUUAAUCAGAAUUGUUUACUUCUAAAUUAUUUAAUUUCUUGGAUGUGUAACUUAUAGAGAUAAUGCUUAAUAUUGACAAUCGAUUGUAACUUUUUUACAUGGUUUGUCAUAGACUUACAGUAUAGCCUACAAAUAGCGAAUAGGCAUCAGUGCAAUGGUGCGAUAUUUUGUGUAAUUUGAAAGAAAGAUAGAGUGUAUCUUUCUUUUACUGAUUGUGAAAUGUUGCACCAUUACAUGAAUGAGAAUAUUCACUAUUCGUGUUGUACAACACCUCAAAUGUUAGCAAAAAAUAUGAACAAUAAUCAAUUUUUCCUAGGUUUAGAAAAAUGUGAAAGAUAA